CAGAUUUGUUCUCUUCAAGAAGUUAACUUAAACUUCAUGUCGUUAAAGUUAUUCCACAGCAAACUGCGUUGAAUCUGCAUGUAUUAUUUCCUGUCACGGAUUAACAUACGAAGUGUCGUUGUAGGUUUCUAUUGCAAAACGAUAUUAAGCAACAGGUGUUUUAUCGAUGUGUAUUUCUGGUUAGUGUUGCAAAAACCUUUUUAAAGGGGAAGCACAAAAAGACCAUGAAUAUAUGUAAACGCAAACAAUAGCUUUAUGAUAAUAACUUCUGAGAUAUUUUCCUUUUGCGACAUGAAUCACGAGUCAAAUUGAUAAAGUGAAAAAACAACGCAAUGAAAUUUAAACUAAACCCUAAAUGAAUUGAUCUACAUCUACUUUGUUGCAGCUCCAUUUAAUCGUAUUGCGGGAAGGUUGAAGAGAAAAGAUGAGCAGCUCCAGGAAACGAUCCCAUGAGGAGGACAAACCACUAGCAAAGAAACCAAAAGUGUCACAUUAUGGUCUGUAUAACCAGGGGGCCACAUGUUACCUCAACAGUGUCCUUCAAGUUCUCUCCAUGGCACCAGAACUCCAUGACAGGUUAGAUUCAAAAUCACGAACCACAGACAAAGACCUGAGGCAAGUCUUUGAGACAAUGAAAGUAGGAACAUGUGGAACAGAAAACAUCACACAGAGUUUGGGGAUUGAAAACGUUUAUCAACAACGUGAUGCUGCUGAAUGCCUGGAGUUAAUUUUAAGUAAAGUCAGUCCACAGGCCUCUAAGGUUUUUGAAGGACAGCUGACAUAUGUGACAAAAUGCUCCAAAGGCCACAUCAUCAACGAAGAGACAAAUCCAUUCUGGACUCUUCCACUUUCGCUAAAUGAUAGCUAUGAUGCAACCUACAGCGUGAAAAGAGGCUUUGAAAUGGUUUUUCAGACAAAAUCAUACAGCGGAGACAACAUGGUGUACUGCAACGAAUGUGAAAGGCAAGCAGAAGCGACAAGUGGAUGUGACAUGGAAACAUUCCCUCAGAAUUUGAUCCUACUCCUGAAGAGAUUUGAAUUUGACUUCAGCACCAUGUCAUAUUUCAAAUCAGACUGCUGUGUGGACGUGCCGUAUGCAUUACAGAAGAAGGACAAGACGUACACGCUGUAUGGGAUGGUGAAUCACUAUGGCAGUCUAAGAGGUGGACAUUACACCGCCACCAUCCUCUCCGACGAGGACAAAACCUGGUAUGAGUUCAACGACGCCCACGUGGACAAGAUGUUGCAGGUUGAAGAGCAACCAUCUGCACAGACUAAGACUUCCAGCAGUGCAUAUCUGCUUGUGUACAGAGAGAGUCUGAAGGACGGAGGAUUUUCCCCGCCAGAUAAGCAUCUUCCAAAGCGCAGAAAGUGUCCCAAGUGGCUUCCUAUUUCAGCUGGUGUGUUUGCAAUUGUAAUGGGAUGCUUUGCAAUUCAUUUUUUUAUAAAGAGAAGGACGUCAUAAACUGCCCACGGAUAUGGUGUGCUUUUUGAUUAUUAUAUAAAGAACUUUCCACAUGUUUUUCUCAAGCAUAAAAGCCUAAAGUGGCCUUGUGUCCGGUGGAGGCAAACAUUGAUUGUAGAAUUAAUGUGUGGACCUACUGCCAACAACAUGUUCUCUGCAGAUAAUACAGCACGGUCUGCACCCAUAUUUAAAACAUUUCACUCAACUCUCCUCUCUCACAAACUUUAAUAGAAUGUACAAAUGUGUUCAGUCUUCUCUCUCACUAAAUGUCCCUGUUAUGUUUUGUUUUUUUGUUCAUUCUUUUGUGACAUGUGAAAAUAAAUA